CCCCCGGCCCGGAAGGACCUGACGCGAGCUGGAACCUCGGCAGCCAUCGCGCUUUGCAGUUCGAACUAGGAGGGUGUGGAAUCAACGCCAAGCGAGGAAUUGCGAUCUCUCUAGUAGCAGACUCUAUAAGAAUUUGGAUAUGUCCUUCAUAUUUGACUGGAUUUACAGUGGUUUCAGCAGUGUGCUACAGUUUUUAGGAUUAUAUAAGAAAACUGGUAAAUUGGUAUUUCUUGGAUUGGAUAAUGCAGGAAAAACAACAUUGCUACACAUGCUAAAAGAUGACAGACUUGGACAGCAUGUCCCGACGUUACAUCCCACUUCAGAAGAACUAACCAUUGCUGGCAUGACCUUUACAACUUUUGAUCUGGGUGGACAUGUUCAAGCUCGAAGAGUGUGGAAAAACUACCUUCCUGCUAUCAAUGGCAUUGUAUUUCUGGUGGAUUGUGCAGACCAUGAAAGGCUGUUAGAAUCAAAAGAAGAACUUGAUUCACUGAUGACAGAUGAAACCAUUGCUAAUGUGCCUAUAUUGAUUCUUGGGAAUAAGAUUGACAGACCUGAAGCCAUCAGUGAAGAGAGGUUGCGAGAGAUGUUUGGUUUAUAUGGUCAGACAACAGGAAAGGGCAGCGUAUCACUGAAAGAACUGAAUGCCCGACCCUUAGAAGUUUUCAUGUGCAGCGUGCUGAAAAGGCAAGGUUACGGCGAAGGUUUCCGCUGGAUGGCACAGUACAUUGAUUAACAACAACCUGCAUCAGUUCCAGGUCUCACCAUUCAGGCCUACUCAGAGAUUUCAUCACUCAACAUGCAUAACUUGAAUUCAAUAGACUUUUGUUGGUUAGAAAACAGAUGUUUUUUAGAUUAAUAUUAUAUCAACUUAAUUUGAGUGCAAAUUUAAAACUAAUUCAAUGUAAGUUUGAAUAUCACAAUGUUAGCUUUCUAAUUCCAUAAAAAUAAUUAGUUUUUACAGUUUAUAAUCUGACAUUACCCCCAGCGCCAUUUGUAAAGAACAACUUUCCAGCAGUACAUCUGAAGCACUUUUUAACAACGUGAAAUUACAAAUGUAAACCAUAUUUAAAAGCUCAUCAUGUUAAAUUUUUAUGUACUAUUUUGGAACUAGUUUUUAAAUUUUAGAUUAUAUGCCCACCUAUCUUAAGUGUACAGUUAAUAAUUAGCUUAUUGAUGAUUGCAUGAUGCCUUACAGUUUUCAAUAUUUUUUCUUAUGCAAACGUCAUGCAAUAAAACAAACCCUAAUGUUUGGCA